AUGCAUGAGCUGUCGACAUUUACGUCGACCGCUUCGAUAGCACCAUCACCCGAGGUGGUGGCAUCGAGCGUCUUUCGCCAAAAGACAGCCUCGAUUUGGGCUCAUUGCCGCCCGGCGGAGGGCAAGAUCAAUCCAGCUGCCUGGAUCGACGCUGACAGCACGCGAUGGUGGCACUACCAGCCCUGCUUUGACAAGAAAAGGGCAAAGCGAUACAAAUAUUUAGGCGGUACGUCGACCAUCGUUACGCACCUGCGCAAGGAGCACAACAUUGUGGUCUCCAGCAAACGCGAGGCCAGCACGGAGGUAACAAAAAGCCGUCUUGGAAGUAUUUCUGCCUUUUUGUUGGGAGGGAACCUCCAUCCCACUAGAAAACGCAAGGUGGCUAUGGAGGAAGAUGCCUUGAGUCCUGUCACUCUGCGUGAGCUAUACUGUCGCUACACGGUAUCCUGCAGCCUCCCCUUUGCCCACGUCGAACAGCAGGCGUUCCGUGACUUGAUCCGCUAUAUCCGCCCGGCCGCCGACGAUCUUUUGCCCAGUAGCGACCACCUGAACUCUCAAAACGCCCGCCGUAGCCUGCGGCCUCUCACACUGGCUGCAGCAAAGGGCCGCACAGAAGCCGUCCGAAAACUACUUCAGGAUAGCAAUGUCCUAGUCAACGGCCUGAGGGGUACGGACCGCGGCAAGCCUCUGUUAAAGCCUGCCAUCCGGAAAAAGAAGAAAAUAUGA